GCGCGCGCGGUUUGGAAAUUUGGCUCGGGUAGUGAUUAAAGUGAAAGUUGGAAAUUGUUGGUCAUCAAGUGGAUUUUUGGAAGUGAUGCAGCAGUGAUUCCUGUCUUCUUCCAAAGAGGAUAUCUGGAAGAAGAUCAACGUUCCUAGCCCACGCAAGCGCCUCUGCGUGCCCACCACCAGGAAGUGUUCGUGAAUUCAGAAACAAUGUGCUAAGUGUACAUACUGCUGCCGUAAGCAAUCGCCCAGUUCAGAAAUGAAGUUUCGAAUUAAGCAUACGGCACUGCUGCCGCUACUUUUGAUAACUGUGAUACUAGUCGAGCAGAUGCGAUGUGAAGACGAGGAAACGGUUCAGGUCAAGGUUAGGAAGGUGAAGAAGAGGACGAAAAAAGUCGGCAAGCUGAAAUCUCUGAAGCCGAAGGAGAGACCCCAGGCAGAUGCACCACCGUCGUACUCGGAGUACGACAACUACGAUAACUACGACUACGGUGAUGGGGAGCGGGAUUACGAUGCAGAAACUGCCAAUCGCCCCACGGAAUCCACCUUCCGCCAGCCGGAUGACGAAAUCCCGCGCGGUGAAGUUCCAGCUCCGCACAUCACCGUAAGCGUGAGUCCACUGGAACCGGAAUCGAUCGUACAGCCGUUCACCUGCUAUCACGAGGGUAAAUGGCACCGGGAGAAGGAUCAGUUCCAAUCGGGCUACAAAGGUUGCGCCACAUGCCAGUGCCGCAACAGCGUGAUCGUAUGCGAUGAAGCCGACUGUCCCAAGAUCAAAGCCGAUGUAAACGUGGAAAUAAUUCCACCUACGACUUCGACGACGUCAACCACAACGACAACAACGACAACAACGACAGAAACUCCAGAAUUUGAUGCCGCUCAAAUUGGCGGUCGGACUCCGUCGGGGCCAUCCGGUGUCCCUGGAGAAGUUGGAGUGCCUGGAAUUCCGGGAACACCAGGCGUUCCUGGAAUGCCGGGACCUCCUGGACCACCACCAGAUCUAUCAUUCUAUACGCAGCAGCUUCAAGAAUCAAUGGCCGGUUCAGAUAAAGGACCAUCUCCAGACAAUUUCCAGUUCAUGCAAGCCCAAGUUGGUCCCGUAGGUCCACGUGGUCCCCCGGGUCCAUCGGGUGUUGCUGGACCUCAAGGUUUCCAGGGAACACGAGGAGAGCCAGGUGAGCCUGGCCCAACCGGCGUAUCAGGUCCUUCCGGCCCACGAGGACUACCGGGUCCCCCAGGAAAAGAUGGAGCUCCGGGAGACGACGGUGAACAAGGCCCGCAAGGAAGCGUUGGACAGUCCGGUCCACGAGGAUUACCUGGAUUACCAGGAGUGCCUGGCAUGAAAGGGCAUCAAGGACUACUCGGUCAGGAUGGUCCGAAAGGUGAUCAAGGUACACCCGGAGAAAAGGGUUCAGUAGGAUCGGUUGGCCCAAUUGGUGCACCAGGAGCGAUAGGACCAGCAGGACCACGCGGUGAAAGAGGACGUGAAGGACCACCAGGGACUGCUGGAUUGAGAGGUAUCGAUGGCAUCGCAGGUCCUCCAGGACAACCAGGCCCAGUUGGCAAAUCAGGCCCACCAGGUUUUCCCGGAACACCUGGAAACAAGGGAGACAUGGGAGCACAAGGACCCAAAGGCAGUCAAGGUCCUCAAGGCCCUCGUGGUGAAUCAGGACGACCAGGUCAACCUGGAGAACCUGGUUUGAAUGGUCCACCAGGAAAGGAUGGAGCUACUGGUGAGAAGGGAUCCAGUGGUGCACCGGGUAUGGCUGGUCAACCUGGCUUCCCUGGACCCCGAGGAGCACCAGGUUCAAAUGGCAGUCCUGGAGAAACGGGAAUCAAAGGAGAACCAGGUCUACCCGGAGAACGAGGCUACAAAGGAGACUCAGGAAUAAAAGGCGAAGCAGGAGUACCUGGUCCGAGAGGAUUACCCGGUGCUGUAGGUCCAGAAGGCAAACGAGGCAAGCGUGGUAUGAAAGGUCCCACCGGUUUGACAGGUCCUCAGGGUGAGCGAGGAUUGCCAGGUGUUCCCGGUUUACCUGGACCAGAUGGAGCCCAAGGUGUUAAAGGACAAAGCGGAGAUCGAGGUGCUCUAGGCCCCCAGGGUAACAAAGGCUCAACUGGAGACCCAGGACCUCCUGGUCAACCAGGUAUUCAAGGAUUGCGUGGAAUGGCCGGUAGACCGGGUGCUCAAGGAAAGUCAGGAGUACCGGGAGAACGUGGACCUGCGGGAUCCGAUGGAAAGGUUGGAGAGCCAGGACAACAAGGCUUGCAAGGCCUUCCAGGCCCAAUAGGUCUUCCUGGAGAUAAAGGAUUCCCUGGAGAAUCUGGCAAGGAUGGUGAUAUUGGACCACAAGGAGCACAAGGACCACGUGGUGAUGCCGGCAAGGAUGGUCCACCGGGAAUUCCAGGACCACCAGGUCCACAUGGAAACGAUGGAGAUCGUGGCCCUCCAGGACCUGGAGGUCCACGAGGCUUCCAAGGCCUACCGGGAACACCCGGUAAUCCGGGAGCGCCAGGAAAAGAUGGUCAAACUGGUCAACCAGGUCCAGUUGGUCCAGCCGGUCAGCCUGGUAUCAGAGGCGAGCGUGGCUUCCCAGGAGAAAGAGGUCCAGUCGGUACACCAGGAACUCCAGGUCUUCGAGGAGAGCACGGUGCUCAAGGAAAUGACGGCCCACCGGGUUCACCAGGUCCAGCUGGUAUGAAAGGUCAUCAAGGAGCACCUGGUAUGAUUGGUAUGCCAGGAUUGAGAGGUCUUCCGGGUCCAUCUGGUGAAAAGGGAGAGCGAGGGGCUCUAGGUCCAGUAGGUCCUGAAGGUGCCGCAGGUCGACAGGGCGAACGAGGUCUUCAAGGUCCAAUGGGUCCAACGGGUCCCCCGGGAGAGCCUGCGGAGAAGGGAGAACCUGGUACACCGGGUAUUCCAGGAGAACCAGGGACACCAGGAGCAGUUGGUGAACGUGGACCAGUCGGACCACAAGGUUUGCAUGGAUUCCCUGGGCCACAAGGCACAAGCGGACUGCCUGGACCUAAAGGAGAUCGCGGUUCAAUGGGUUUGAAGGGAGAACAAGGAAACAGUGGUAAUCCAGGAAUGCCUGGUGAGACAGGACCUCAAGGUUUAAUUGGGUUGACUGGCAGCAAGGGCACUCGUGGUGAACCAGGAUUGCGUGGAGAAACGGGAUCAAUGGGUUCUCCUGGAAGACCCGGUGAUCAAGGUGCAGCGGGUCAACCAGGAAACCAGGGUCCCGCAGGAAUUGCAGGAAUUCCUGGUAUCAAGGGAAAUCCAGGAGACACUGGAAGAUCUGGAAAUCCUGGACCUCAAGGAAUGCCGGGUCAGCCUGGGCCAGAGGGAAUCAAGGGAUCGGCUGGUAGUGAUGGUCCGGCAGGUCCACCAGGAAAUCCAGGUCCUCAAGGCCCCCAUGGAGAUCGUGGAAUGCCUGGUCUUCCAGGACCAAGUGGUCAAUCUGGUGCCCGAGGUCUCCGGGGUGCUGCUGGAGAACCCGGACAAGCUGGUAAACCUGGAAACGAUGGGCCACCGGGUCAGAUGGGAAUUGCUGGACCACCUGGUCCUCAAGGUCACGCUGGAGAUCCGGGUAUUGAAGGCUCGCCUGGUAAACAAGGUCCAUCAGGAAUUGCUGGCCGAACUGGUGAUAAAGGACCGGUCGGUUCUCCUGGUAGUCAAGGUAUGCCUGGUACUCCUGGUCUUCCUGGUCCACCAGGACCACAAGGUCUUAUCGGUCAAACUGGUGAACGAGGAUUGCGUGGCGAAACAGGUCCUCAAGGUAUCGAUGGCCCUUCAGGUCCUCGCGGAAAACCUGGACCUCCAGGGUUAGAAGGAUCAAAGGGAGAUGUAGGAGAAGCUGGAGCAAAGGGUGUGAAAGGUCAUCGAGGUUUAAUUGGUCUGCAAGGAUUGCCUGGUCCUGCUGGUUCUCCUGGAGAUAAGGGUGAUACUGGAUCUGUUGGUCAACCUGGUAAACCUGGAGAAUCUGGACCACGAGGUCCUCCAGGUAGAGAUGGCUCACCAGGUCCACAAGGAAUGUUAGGUACUGUCGGACCCCGUGGUUCUCCCGGAAAUGAUGGAAAGUCUGGACCAGUGGGCCCAGCGGGUCCUCCAGGACCUCCCGGUCCACCAGGUGACGGAAUUGGGUAUGAUGCUGCAGCUUUGGCUGCAUUGCUUGGCCAUGGACAGAUGAGCAAUACUAAGGGACCUGAUCCGAACCAGGGCGAUGAACCAAUGAAGUUCAACAAAGUAUUUGAGCUAACCGAAGAUGAGAGACGACAAUUAGUGGAAACAGCUUUUGAACGACUGAAGACCACAUUCAAUACAUUUAAGAAACCAGAUGGAAAAAAAACAUCGCCUGCCAAAACUUGCAGAGACCUGUUCGCUGCCUAUCCGGAGUAUAAAUCUGGCCAUUACUGGAUUGAUCCGAAUGAAGGUGAUGUUCGGGAUGCUAUCCUGGUGUAUUGUGAUGCUGAGAAAAGAUCAUCCUGUAUUCUUCCGCAACCACUGCGGACCAAAGAACUGCACUACGUCGGCGAUGAGCAUGAAGUGUGGCUAGGAGAGAUGGAAACCGGAAUGAAGAUAACCUAUAAGGCUGAUAGUAACCAAAUCGGAUUCCUGCAAUUGCUGUCGGGAUCGGCCUCCCAGAACAUAACCUAUCACUGCAAGAACAGUGUAGCGUAUUUCGACAAGGAAAAGAACAGCUACCGUCAGAGCUUGAAGCUUCUAGCGUGGAACGAUGCUGAACUCACGGCGAGGGGACCCCAGAGGCUGCGAUACGAAACCGCUCUGGACGAGUGUCAGCAUCGAAUGUCUACGUAUGCUCAAACGAUCCUAACCUAUAAGACGGAGAAACCAACGAGGCUGCCGGUAAUCGAUAUUGCCGUACGGGAUGUCGGUGAGCUGAAUCAACAGUUCUGGAUAGAAAUCGGAGCAGUGUGCUUCCAGUAAGACAAAGUCGUUUAGUGAAUUUAAAAAAAAAGAAGUAUACUUUAGCUUAGGAUAAAUUGAUUUCAGUAUUAAUUUGAAUACAUGAAAUCGAAAAAAAAAACAACGACAAUUUUCAAGUCAGGUACUGCCACAGCAGUAACAGACACCACUGCCAAAGCAAUUGACACCAAAGAAAGUGAUAUUUUCGAGAGAUCUUGUAGCAAGGUUUUACAACUAAGUCUAGCGUAGGUUCCCCUUUGUAGUUUAUUAUGAAUUUAAGAAUGUGUGUGUACAAUAAAGAUAACAUUUAAAUGUUAAA